AUGGUGGCCGCCUCUCUUUCCUCCGUCCAAUCACCGCCGCAACAUCAAGUCUUCAUCAAUUUCCGAGGGAAGCAGCUACGGAACGGGUUCGUCAGCCAUCUGGAGAAGGCCUUGAGAAGGGAUGGAAUCAACGUCUUCAUCGACCGAGACGAAACCAGAGGGAAAGAUCUCAGCGUCCUCUUUUCCCGAAUCGAGGAGUCGAGUGUCGCGCUCGCCAUCUUCUCAACCCUGUACACGGAGUCAAACUGGUGCUUGGACGAGCUGGAGAAGAUCAAGGAGUGCGCUGAUUUAGGCAAACUUAUAGUCAUCCCCAUCUUCUACAAGGUGGAGACUGACGAUGUGAAAAGCCUCCAGGGAGUGUUCGGUGACAAGUUUUGGGAAUUGGCCAAGACUAUUAAAGGAGAAAAGCUAGAUAAGUGGAGAGAAGCUCUAGAGGACGUCCCCAAAAAGUUGGGCUUCACUUUAAGCGAAAUGAGCGAUGAAGGUGAAUGCAUCAAUCAAAUUGUAAACGAAGUGAUCAAAGUGCUUCAUGAUUUCUCGACGGAACUCGAAAGAGAAGAAGAUACGUUUGAAGCUGUUUCUGUUUCUGAGUCGCCUCCUCUGUUUGGCAUUGAAACGCGUCUUGAGCAAUUGGAAGAGAAGUUGGAUUUUGACUGCAAGCGUACUCUCACCAUUGGUGUUGUUGGGAUGCCUGGUAUUGGUAAGACCACACUGACGAAGAUGAUGUAUGAGAAGUGGCGACACAAGUUCCUCCGCUGCGUCUUUCUUCAUGACUGCGUGAUGAUGGAUCGGAAUCUUCUCAUGAGAGAGUUGUUGAGGGAUGAUGAUGAUGAUGAUGAUGAUGAUAAAGUGGACCAACAAGUCGCUGACGUGUCUCUUGAUUCCUUGAAGACACGCCUACUCAGUAAGAAGUCUCUUGUUGUUCUUGAUAGUGUGAGUGACAAGAAACAGAUACAAGUUCUUCUCGGCGAGUGCGACUGGAUUAAGAGAGGUAGCAGAAUCUUUAUCACGACUAGCGACAGGUCGGUGAUCGAGGGGAUGGUUGAUGACACGUAUGAGGUCCUGAGACUGACCGGCAGAGACAGCUUUCAGUACUUCAGCCAUUUUGCCUUCAGUGGUAAGCUCUCUACUCCGAAGGGAAGUUUCAUGAAUCUUUCAAGAUUGUUUGCGGAUUAUGCCAAAGGCAACCCAUUAGCUCUCAAGAUAUUGGGGAUUGAGCUCAAUGGGAAAGACGAGACUCAGUGGGAAGAUAAGCUUUGCAAGCUGGCACAAAGUCCCAAUAAGACUAUACAAGAUGUCUUGCGGAUAAGCUACGAUGGGUUAAGCCAGCGUCAGAAAGAUAUGUUUCUCGAUGUCGCUUGUUUCUUUAGAUCAGGAGAAGAGUAUUACGUUGGGUGUUUAGUGGAGGAGUCUUGUGACGACGCUGAGCACAUUGAUGUUGUGCGUGAAAUAAAGGAUCUUGCCAAUAAAUUCUUGAUUAACAUUUCUGGCGGACGAGUGGAGAUGCAUGAUUUGCUGUAUACAUUUGGCAAGGAACUUGGCUCACACGGCUCACGCAGACUGUGGAACCAUAAAGGUGUUAUUGGUGCGCUGAAGAAACAAGCAGGAGCAGACAGUGUGAGAGGUAUUUUUCUCGACAUGUCUGAGCUGAAGAACAAGAUUCCUUUGGACAGAUGUACUUUCACUGAGAUGCGUCAACUUAGGUACCUCAAAUUCUUUAGUUCUCGUUGUCAUCGGGAAUGCAAAGCUGACUGCAAACUUAACUUCCCUGAGGGGCUUGAGUUUCCGGUGGAUGAAGUAAGAUAUCUCUAUUGGCUGAAAUUCCCUUUGAAGAAACUUCCAAAAGACUUCAACCCCAAGAAUCUUACCGACCUUAACCUGCCUUACAGCGAGAUUGAAGAGGUCUGGGAGGGUGUUAAGGAUACACCGAAGCUAAAGUGGGUUGAUCUUAGCCACUCAAGCAAGUUAUGCAAUCUUUCAGGGUUGGUAAAUGCUGAAAGUCUCCAAAGAUUGAAUCUUGAAGGCUGCACGAGUUUGCAGGAGUUGCCCAAGGACAUGAAACGUAUGAAAAGUCUGAUUUUGCUCAACAUGAGAGGAUGCACAAGUCUCCGGUUUCUUCCACAUAUGAAUCUGAUCUCUAUGAAAACUCUCAUCCUCACCAACUGCUCAAGCCUAGAGAAAUUCAGGGUGGUUUCGGACAAUCUAGAAACUCUACACUUGGAUGGAACUGCGAUUGGUCAACUUCCUACAAACAUGGUGAAGCUCCAGAGACUGAUCGUAUUGAACUUGAAAGACUGCAAAAUGUUGAGGGCGGUUCCAGAAUGCCUAGGGAAGCUGAAAGCUCUGCAAGAACUGGUGCUCUCUGGUUGUUCAAAGCUCAAGACUUUUCCAAUUCCCAUUGAAAACAUGAAACGCUUGCAGAUUUUAUUGCUCGACGGGACAGCGGUUGCAGACAUGCCGAAGAUAUUGCAGUUCAAUGGCUCAAAAGUGGAAGAUCUAGGUGAAUUAAGACGUGGUGUGAACGGCUUGUCCUCAUUGCAGCGUCUAUGCUUAAGUAGGAACGAUAUGCUCAGCAAUCUGCAAAUCGACAUCAGUCAACUACAUCAUCUGAAAUUGCUUGACCUGAAGUACUGCAAGAAUCUCAAAUCGAUUCCAUUGCUUCCGCCAAAUCUAGAGAUCUUAGACGCACAUGGCUGCCAGAAACUGAGAACAGUAGCAUCCCCCAUGGCCUUUGUUAAGCAUAUGGAGCAGGUUCACUCUAAGUUCAUUUUCACCAACUGCACCAACCUUGAACUAGCUGCUAAAAAUAGUAUCACAUCGUAUGCUCAAAGGAAAAGCCAGCUAGAUUCAGUUAGAUGCUAUAAAGAGGGCAGUUUUUCAGAAGCUUUGCUCAUCACUUCCUUUCCAGGUAGCGAAGUACCUACAUGGUUCAACCAUCAAACAGUUGGUUCCACGUUAAAGCUGAAGUUUCCGCCACAUUGGUGUGACAACAGGCUUUCGACAAUAGCUCUAUGCGCUGUUGUCGCAUUCCCUUGCACUCAAGAUGAAAUCAGCCGUUUCUCAAUACAGUGCACUUGUGAGUUCACAAACGAACUUGGGACAAAUAAGCGUUUCAGCUGCACUCUUGGCGGAGGUUGGAUUGAACCACGCAAGAUUGAUUCGGACCAUGUGUUUAUUGGUUACACCAGUUCAUCGCACAUAACAAAUCAUGCACAAGGAUCGUUGCAGUCGCAAGAACAUCAUGAAUGUGUCCCUACUGAGGCUUCAAUCAAAUUCGAAGUGAGAGAUGGAGCAGGUGAGAUUGUAAAUUGUGGUUUAAGUUUGGUGUACGAGGAACCAAACCAUGUCGUCACUGAAGGGAACUGUAAUGGAACUUCUUCAGGACGAGUUUUGUCAGUUGGAAAGAGUAUAGUGAGCUUUGGUGCUGGAUUUUUGUCCGUUGUUUUGAGGUAUCUGUUGGUAGGUGCUGUAUUCUUUUUGGUUUAUGGGUUUGCUAAGUUGCAUUUUUUGUCAAACUAA